AUGUCGGUGUUCUUGAUUUUUGUUUCUUGUAAUGCGAUUUGCGGCUUGAAUUGCGUGAAGAUCGGCGUCUGUGGAGAGUUUUCUGGCGUUAUACGUGCGUAGUGCCUGUCGAGUGUAUCAAAUCUACUGGUACGUAUUGCUCGUGUGAUUGUCGAAGAACAGCGUACUUUGUUAUUUCGUCUGCUACUUGCAACAGCUGUGGCUAUUAAAGCUGCAAUAGUGCAUCCGAAUAUUCCGAUGUAUCUUUCAACAAAAUUACGUGACCUUCGAAUGUCUUUAACAGAUCGGAUUGGAGAAGUAGGUUACCAAGUCAGAGGUGGAAUUGCGUAG